AUGCCCCAAGUCAACCCAAAUUCGAUGUCAGAUGCGGCUGACGAAGCCCUGCGAAGUACAUUUCAGAUUGUACACGCUUUCCUGACUGAACAUGCCCCUCAGGCGGCUCAAUCGCUAGCUUCCACCCUGCCCGACUCCCCUGCACCACCACGGACGCUUGCCUCUGCGUUGGUCGACCACGUCCGCAAUUCUCCCAGAAGGUCAUGGCCCGGCUUGGUUGUUCAGCAGCCCACCGAGGCCACUUCGCCCUCGCCUAUGGAUGAGGAUCCUGACUCAGCUACGGACUCGGAUUCGGAUAGCUCGGACUCUGAUUCUGACAGUGAUUCGGACAGCAGCAGCAGCAGCAGCAGCAGCAGCAGCAGCAGUAGUAGUAGUAGUAGCAGCAGCAGCAGCAGCGAUUCAGAUGACAGUGACAGUGACAGUGACGAUAGCGACGCCUCGGAUGACGACUCGUCGGACGAUGACGAAGACUCGGAUUCGGAAGAUGACAAGAAGGUCAAGGCUGCUCAGCACGAUCCACCGCAUCAAGACACCGAAGCUGCUUCUUCAACCAUCGUCUCCGACUCGCAGGAUGAGGCAGAGGCCGAGCUGCCCAGCAACGGAAUUGCAACCCCAAGUCGAGCCUCUUCCACUGCUCCUCCUUCAGCCAACAAGCGCAAAAGAGAAGCGUCUCCUUCCGAUGAUCCCAGCUCUGAGUCCAGUUCGGACGACAGCGAUGAAGACAGUGAGAGCGAUAGUAGCACCGAAGAUGGUGACGACAGUGACGACGAGUCUAGCGACUCGGAUGAAAGUGACAGCGACGGAGCUGAAGAGGAUGACGAUGAAGUAAAAGCCACGAUCCAGAAGGUUGAGGUGGCCGUGAAGGACGAAUCGGACUCGAGCUCGGACGAUUCAAACUCUGACUCUGGGUCUGACUCAGAUGAUUCUUCCAGCGAUGAUGAGGCCCCAUCAGGCGGUGAAAAGGACAGCGACGAUGAUGACAGUUCGUCGGAUAGCAGCAGUAGCGAUGACAACGACUCGUCUAAUUCUGAUUCGGAUUCAGACGCCGAUUCGGACUCUAGCAGCAGCAGCAGCAGCAGCAGCGGCGGCGGCGACUCGUCUUCAUCCUCCGAUUCAGAAUCCAACAGCGACAGCUCAUCCGCUUCUGGCUCAUCAUCUUCAUCUUCUAGCAGCUCGAGCUCGUCAUUCUCAAAAGGCGCACCACCGGCUAAGCGACAAAAGGUCGUUUCUCCACCUGCCACACCCACUCCGGCUCCCCGAGCAAACACAUCCACAUCCACAUCCACAUCCUCAUCUUCCGCUCUUCCCCACUCUGCUCGAAAAGCACAACCCAGCUCGACCCAAAACACUCCUUUCCAGCGAGUCAAAGCCGAUCAAGUCACAUACCUCCACGACGGCAUGCGCGACAUGUCGUAUGCCGGAAAAGCGGGCGUUACGGGCGACGAGUACGGCGCACGUGCAAGCCGCGAUCUGAUCGUGACCCGCGGUAAAGGUUUCACAAAGGAAAAGAACAAGAAGAAGCGUGGAAGCUAUCGAGGUGGUGCCAUCGACGUGUAUGGUUCGCACUCGAUCAAGUUUGAUGAUGACGACUAG